UUUAUUAUGAUUAUAUAUUUUUUCUUCUUGGGGUUCUGUUUGGUUAGAUGGAAAGAAUCUAUUAAAACGGAUAUUAAGGCAACAUGAUUCCUUUCAUAUUUUGUUUGACUUUUCUAUAAUUGCCGCUGGACGGCUGGACUGGAGCCUUUCACUUUCCAUUCUGGAUAAUUCAAUCACCCAAAAAAUCAAAAACCCAGAAAGCGAGGAAACGAUUCAAUCAAGAGAAAAGAAAGUGGGGGAACAUCAACAUGGUGCUUAGGUACAGUAUUAUCGUAUCCUUCUUGUUGUUUUUGGUGGUCAACUUGACUCACCCACGUUUCACUGAGUCACUGCCACGAUGCAAAGCUUGGUUGGUCCAAUCCAUCCCAACUGACAUGCCCUAUCUCCCUCCAGUCCCUGGUGUUCUUUCCACUGGUGAUGUUUUUAAGUGGUUGGCUUACAAUUCAACCGACAAGCUUGAUAUAAUAGCUCAAUAUUGGCAAUUGAAAGCACAUCCAGAGGAUUCUCGUUCGGGGGAUUAUGGAUACUCAAAGGCUGAUAUGCAUCGUUUUGGUGCCCAUCAAGGUUUUUCUGUUUAUACUGCGCUGGAAAAUGCUGCUGAUCGUGAUGUUGAUAUCAGGUUAGUACAGCACUCUGGAGUGUAUCCUGACUAUACCAAAGAACCAUCCAGCCUAGCUGCAAGAAGACCAAAUGUCAAGAGUGUGACUUUAUUACUUGAUAAAUGGUGGGGUUCAGGCAUUGUUCAUGCCAAAGUUUGGAUAUCAGAUAAUAGAGAUGUAUAUAUAGGAUCUGCAAACAAUGACUGGAAAUCUCUUACUCAGGUGAAGGAAGUUGGAAUUUAUCUUGUUGGUUGUCCUAAAGUAGCAAGGAAAGUUGGGGUCUAUUUUCAGAACCUAUGGAGACUUGCACACCUUGAUGAUUCAGCUUACACAACAACAAUCUUAGACCAACAAUGGCAGAUUCAAAGAAAAGUUCCCUGUUGGUCACAUUUCAUUGAAUCUGACAUGAGAUGCACGCCACAACUUCCUCGUUUCGAGGAGAUUCCUUACGUUGCCGGCUAUCCUACAUUAUCGGACCCUAAAAUAUUGAAGUUGAUUAUUGAUGCUCCUGGAUAUGAUUAUACCAGUUCAGUUCCUCAAUCAAGCUAUCUAUCUUUCUCUCCGCCAGAGCUAUCAUUUGGCAGGUUCCAACCUGAUGAACAAGGAUGGCUGGAUACAAUUAAAUCUGUCUCCGACGGAGGGACAGUAAGGAUUAGUACGAUGGACUGGCUUGGUCAAUCCCAAUACAUGGACCGAACGGUUUAUUGGUCAUCUCUUUCAACUGCUAUCUCAGAGGUUGUGUUCUCCAAGCAUGCAAAAGUGAAGAUACUUGUAGCAUACUGGGCACAUUUUAUAAACAACACUGAUCUCUACUUGAAAUCACUUCUCUACUCCAAUGUCCUUUGCACUUCUUCAAAGAACAACGAAUGUUCAGGCAAAGUCGACAUCAAGUAUUACAAGGUGCCAGGUUACAACAUGACCGGACCGGCUAUCAUGAACGGAAAGAAAACCGGAAAUCUCUAUCCAGCUUUCACCAGAGUCAACCAUGGUAAAUAUGCGGCGAGUGACGUACGUGGUCACAUUAGCACCAGCAAUCUGAUAUGGGAUUAUUUCUACACAACAGCCGGUGUUAGCUUCGGGACGUAUAAUCCGGCCAUUGUUGCUCAGCUUCAAGAAAUCUUCGAUGCAGAUUGGAAUUCUCCAUAUGCUGUUCCAGUUGAGGGCUUGAGUGAUGGUCAUGCUUGUUCUAGUUGAUCUAGUUCCCUCAAAACACUGAAAUCAAUGGCUUUGUAAUACCAAGUUUUUAUCAGCCAUAAUCCAUUUGCUUCCAAGUUGAUCACCUCUAACCUUGGAAACAUUUUUACCCCAUAAUUUUGUAUGAAAAAUGGAAUCCAUUUACCAAUGAUCUUCAUUUC